AUGUUCCAAAAAGCGGAGAAGCAAUCGGAAAUAACAGAAAAAUUAACUUCGAGUAAUAAAGACGCGGAAAAAAGACGAGAGGAACAAGUUCGUCGUGAAAAUCAAUCGAAAUUUGCUAAUGAAAAUGAAAAUAGAAGAUCACAAGGCACGGACCAAGGGCAAUCCAGCCGCAAUAAAACUAGAGAUGAGAAAUCGAAUACAAACAAAGUUGACACGGAACUCAGUGGCGGUGGGUACGGCUUUAGUGCUGGCGCUAAAGUCGGAGUAGAAAAUAGCAACAGGCACAAUGCCGAAAAAGAAAAUGAGAAGAGUGAAAACGCCAAUAAGAAAAAUGUAGAAGAAUAUGACAGAAAGUUAGAGAAUAAAGAAAGAAUCCAACACAAUUUCGACUCAGAAAGUUGGGCUGACGUGGACAGAAUCAGUUCAACAAUUUCAGAGAAAUUGUCAAACGAUUCCGAUAGUUCCCGGCGUGAAGAAAUUUUGAAGGAAGAGGUUGAAAAAUUAUUACAAGAAAGUAGAGACAACGUCGAAUGGGACGGAGAGAAAUUCGUGCCGAAACCGAUGCAACUGAGCAGAAUCAAUUUGGGAAAAUUUCGCGACUCUCAAUCGUUUCAGGAUCGCAACGUCCGUGUCCGUUACACGACCGCCGAACUGUCGGCACCGAUAAAAUUUUUAGAACACACAGAAUUGACCGUCACUGACGAAUGGAACAAUUUAAGGGACGAACUCAAAGCCACCACUGAGUUGUUAAGAGCAACUGUGAAAAAUUUGUAUAUAACGAAUACCGGACUGAGUAAUGCGAAGAACGAUUUAACUAAUACAAAUUAUAAAUUAGAAGGGACUAAAGAGGAGUUGGAGAAAACGAAGGCCAACGUCAAUAAUUUAUCUGCCCAAUUAAAUGAGACUAAAAAGGAGUUGGUGAAAACAAAUACCGAAUUGAGUAAUACGAAGAGUGAUUUAACUAAAACGCGAAUUGAUUUAACUGAUACAAAUUAUAAAUUAGAAGAGACUCAAAAGGAGUUGGUGAAAACGAGGGAUGAUUUAACAGAUUUAACCAAAAACCUCGAUGGUUUAUAUUCAAAAUCAAAGGCGACCGAAAAAGAAUUGGCAGAAACGAAAAUAACGACCGGAAAUUUAUCAACUGAACUCAAAAUGAAUUCAAACCAAUUACGUCAAGAUCUAAAAGUCACUGAAGAAAAACUUCAAAGAGAUCUGAGAGCAACCUCAAAUGAUUUGGAAACUGCAAAAACAAAUUUGGCCUCAACGAGAACGGAAUUGAGCAGCACCAAGUCCGCCGUUGCAGAUUUGACAACCAAAUUAAAUGCCCGAACGAGUGAAAUAGUCGACAUUGGUAAAAUGCCAACCUCAUGUGCGGAUCUGCAAGGAAUGGGACAAAAAGCCAACGGAUUCUUUUCCGUCAAAGGAUUAAAGAAGAUGGAAAUGAUUUACUGCAACUUUUUUGCCAAUCAAAAUGACAAACAGAAAUGGAUCGGAUACGUCGACGUCAAAUCGGCGCCCGUCCAUUUCUACGUUCAGAGAAAUUCAGAUUUUAACACAAUUGAAACUCCGAUUCCGUUCGAUUUGGCGCGAGUGAACGAGGGAAAUGCCAUGAAUUUGACGUCAGGGGUAUUCACGGCACCGCGACCGGGAAUUUAUUUUUUCUCUUUAAUGCGCAAUAAUGCGCAAUACUUUUGGGCCGGAAAUAACACGGACGGAGUUCACACUUGCCAGUGCGGAAUUGAUUCAAAUUGCGUCGAUCCUGCGGUGAAAUGCAAUUGCGAUGCUCUUGUGCCACUUCAAUUAGUCGAUGACGGUGUCAUUACCGACAAAAAUGUUCUGCCCAUCACUCGUUUGAAUUUCGGACGAACUCAACUGGAAACUUCAUCCGGCGUCCACACGCUUGGCCGACUCGUGUGCACCGGAUUAGUGACUUUCACUGGACUGCCAAAGUCGUGCAAAGAUUUGUGGUUGAUUGGCCACACCCUGAACGGAUUUUAUUCCGUCAUGGGAUCAGCGAAAAUGGAAUCCGUCUACUGCGAUUUCACUAAACUCCCUGACGAUGCGGGUUUUCAGAAAUGGAUCGGAUACGCCGACGUCAAAUCAGCGCCCGUAAAUUUCUACGUCCAGAGAGAAUCUGAUUUUGGCACAACUGCAACUCCGAUUCCGUUCGACUUGGCGUUGGUGAACGAGGGAAAUGCCAUGGAUUUGACGUCAGGGAUAUUCACGGCCCCGCGACCGGGAAUUUAUUUUUUCUCUUUCACGGGAUUGGUGCGUCUUUCGGAUUCAUCUCAUGCUUCGUUUUAUUCUUCUCUUUUUUUGAACGGGAAUUCAAUGGGGACGAGUACUGUUGAAGAGAAUAACGGCCCCGUUGAUCAAUUUAGUCCGUUGACCCUCCAGUCGACGCUCAACUUGAAAAAAGGCGAUCAACUCUGGGUGGAGAUUAAUUAUUCUGGUUCAUCCUCGUAUUUGUAUGACGAUGGUUGGCACAACACCCAUUUCACGGGUUUCAUGUUGGAGGAGCAAAUUGGGGAGUCCCUUUGAGAUUUGGGGUUUAACAUCUAAAAUGAACGUCGACACCAACAUUUGGGGAAGGGAAUUUUAAGGGGAAGGGAAGAAAAUUCAAUCGAUUUCAAUUCAUUAAGGGGUGAGUUUCUUUACGAAAAUUUGACUGUGGACGCAAAUACACUUACUGAAUACACAAA